UCUCCGCCCAUCCGCUUUGCUUUGCAUUGGGUUUGGGCGAAUUGGCGGUGGGGUGGAAGAGGGGGGGGGUAUGGCGUUCCACAACCACCUGUCACGCGAGCUGACGCCGCUGCGGUACGCGGAGCAGCAGCAGCAGCAGCAGCAGUUGAGGGGCGACAACCCGGCCUUGCUAAGGACCACCAUGGAUCAGCUCGCCGUACCUCCGCCCUCCGGUGCCUCUACCGAUGCUGGCAGGGUGAAGGACGGGAAGGACCUCCGCCGCCUCGUGGCCGACGCGGCCCCGGCUGUGAAGCCGACGAUGGCAGGCGGGGGCGGGCCUACGUGGCUUAACAGCGCAAUUCUCCGGCAGCAGGGUCACCACUACGCCGACAGAAGCUUCCUCCAUCUUCAAACCACGUCCGGUUCCUCCGCCUCGCCGGUCGCUGCCGGAGGGGGAGGAGGAGGCGCGGGGGCGGGUAACUGGUUUCCCCGACCGUCGAUCUUGCAGCGCAGCGGGAGGGAGGACGAGGUUCCGGUGUCGAACGACCCCAUCAUGGCCGGUGCGACAUCGGGGGAGCACGGCGGACGGCGGGGUCACGCGGGCGGGGAGCUCGGGGAGUCGGAGGCAGUGGCGCAAGGGAGCGGCGGCGAGACCGCCGCCGGGGAGGUCACGUGGAUGAACGCGAGGUACAAGGCGGAGAUAUUGGCACACCCCUUGUGCGAGCAGCUGCUGGCGGCGCAUGUGGCGUGCCUGAGGAUCGCGACGCCGGUGGACCAGCUGCCGAGGAUCGACGCACAGCUCGGUCAGUCGCAGCAAAUCGUGUCCAAGUACUCGGUGCUCGGCAACAACGGACAGAUGCCCGGCGAUGACAAGGAGCUCGAUCAGUUCAUGACACAUUAUGUCUUGCUACUUUGUUCCUUUAAAGAACAACUGCAGCAACACGUACGUGUACAUGCAAUGGAGGCAGUGAUGGCUUGCUGGGAGCUGGAACAAUCACUGCAAAGCCUAACAGGUGUCUCUCCCGGUGAAGGCACUGGUGCAACCAUGUCUGAUGAUGAUGAUGAUGACGGCGAUGAUGAUGACGAUCAGGUAGACAGUGAAACAAAUUUGUUUGAUGGACCAGACAGCAUGGGGUUUGGCCCUCUCAUUCCAACUGAGACCGAGCGAUCCUUGAUGGAGCGCGUCAGACAGGAGCUGAAGCAUGAGCUAAAACAGGGGUACAAAAACAAGAUUGUCGAUAUCAGAGAAGAGAUUCUUCGCAAGCGAAGAGCAGGGAAACUUCCUGGGAAUAGCACUUGUACGUUAAAAGCUUGGUGGCAGUCCCACUCCAAGUGGCCAUAUCCAACGGAGGAUGACAAAGCAAGAUUGGUGGAGGAAACUGGUCUACAGUUGAAGCAGAUCAAUAACUGGUUCAUCAACCAAAGGAAAAGGAAUUGGCACAGUAAUCCAUCAUCAUCAUCAUCGAGUUCCCUGAAAAGCAAGCGUAAAAGGUGAGAGCGAUGUUAGAUGAUGGGGCAUUGCUGAAAGAUACAUCAGCAGAAGCAUUGUUUAAUACGGUGCGCAAUCAAAUGGUGUUUUUGCCUCGGUCAUCAAGCUUUUGGUUUGGAUGAUGCAGCAGCUUUUGAGAGGAUGCUGAUAUGUGCAGUUGCAGUAUCAGUGGUGUUGAUAGAUCUCGCACUACAGGUUAUAGUGAUGAUAAAAUAGAAUGUUUGGUGUCUUCUCCUUCUUUCUUCAUUCACUCGUGGAUUAGCACACUGAGUUUUCAGUUGACUUGUACACGUGUUUCAUGAAGAAGAAGAAGAAGAAGAAGAAGAAGGUGAAACAGAUGUGGAUGUACAAUGUGAUAAAUGAUCGAAAUGUACUGCUAACACCAAUGAAUUGGCAGCUGAUUCUUCUUCGUC